AUGCCCCUCCACAUCCCCGUGGCCCAAGCCCGAUCGGGCAAACUCGUGGUGCCCUCCUGUUCGAAGGCGGAGGGCUCUUUCAGAUGCCUCGAGUAUUCCCAAAACCUGGCUCUGAAACAGGGCAAGAUAAAGGUUUUCCAUUUCGCGCACCGCCACCUGUCGCCCGGCUGUUCGGGCGGCGGCGAGUCGGCCCUUCACAAGGCGGCGAAGUUGCUCGUUGAAAAAUAUUGUUCGCGCCUCGUUUUCAUAGGCGUGUGCAUCGCAGGAGAGCACAGCAUCGCGCGACAGUACGUGAACUGCGAAGCGAAGCAGGAGUAUCGCUACGACACGACUAACAACUACGCGGCGGACGUAGCCAUCUUUCAAAACGGUGUCAUAAGUGCUAUCGUAGAGGUGUGCGCAUCUCACGCGACCACCGGCGACUCGCUAGAAUCUCGCACUGCGUGUGUUGGGGUGAACAACGUGUGGGAGAUUUCGGCGGUAGAAAUACUCAGCCGACAGAUGGUCAACGAUGAGAAGUUUGAGGAAGCCAUCAAGCGCUUGGGCGCCAAGCCAAAAUGGAAGGACAUGAACUACUACACUGAUGUGAUGGGUCUCAUCCAGGUUGUGAGCAUGGGCUACAUGGCAGCCGUCGCUCGGAGCCAAGAACUUCAGGAGUGCAGCGUCGUCACCAGCUUCCGGACCGUCAGCAGGACCGAAGACUCGGCUGAUCUGGCAAACUCCGUUCUAUGUUCGAACGGUGACUUCAUUGUACAGUGGGAUGAGGAAGUUUUCGUGACAGCAACAAUCCGCGUCAGCGAUGGCACAUCGCUCAACAUCACUGGGACUGGACCAGGCGCAAUUGCGGAUGGGGGUGGCAGUACGCAACUGUUCGUUGUAGAAGGGGGUUCAACCUUGCACCUAUCGGACAUGACUUUGAGCAAUGGCAACGCUUUGUCUGGUGGGGCUAUCUCGGCGGCUGACUCUAGCGUUUCGUUUAGCGGAAACACAUCGUUCAACUCCAACUUCGCUAACUUUUAUGGAGGUGCAAUCUACGCGAAUUCUUCGACCGUUUCCUGGGAUGGCGACGGCACCCAGUUCAGCUCCAACUCCGCUAACGUUUCUGGAGGUGCGAUCUACGCAUUUUUUUCGACCGUGUCUUGGGAUGGCGACGGCACCCAGUUCAGCUCCAACUCCGCUUACGAUGAUGGAGGUGCAAUCUACGCGUAUUCUUCGAACGUGUCCUGGGAUGGCGACGGCACCCAGUUCAGCUCCAACUCCGCUAACAACUCUGAUGGAGGUGCAAUCGGCGCGGGGUAUUCUUCGAACGUGUCCUGGGAUGGCGACGGCACCCAGUUCAGCUCCAACUCCGCCUACUAUGAUGGAGGUGCGAUCUACGCCGAAUCUUCGACCGUGUCCUGGGAUGGCGACGGCACCCGGUUCAGCUCCAACUCCGCUAACGACGAUGGAGGUGCGAUCUACGCGCGGUCUUCUUCGACAGUGUCCUGGGAUGGCAACGGCACCCAGUUCAGCUCCAACUCCGCUAACGAUGAUGGAGGUGCGAUCUACGCGUAUUCUUCGAACGUGUCCUGGGAUGGGGACGGCACCCAGUUCAGCUCCAACUCCGCCUACUAUGAUGGAGGUGCAAUCUACGCGGAUUCUUCGACCGUGUCCUGGGAUGGCGACGGCACCCAGUUCAACUCCAACUCCGCUAACGAUGAUGGAGGUGCAAUCGGCGCGGGGUACUCUUCGACCGUGUCUUGGGAUGGCGACGGCACCCAGUUCAGCUCCAACUCCGCUAACGAUGAUGGAGGUGCGAUCUACGCGUAUACUGCGACUGUGUCCUGGGAUGGCGACGGCACCCAGUUCAGCUCCAACUCCGCUAACGAUGAUGGAGGUGCAAUCGGCGCGGGGUAUUCUUCGACCGUGUCCUGGGAUGGCGACGGCACCCAGUUCAGCUCCAACUCCGCUAACUUUUAUGGAGGUGCAAUCUACGCGGAUUCGUCGACCGUGUCCUGGGAUGGCGACGGCACCCAGUUCAGCUCCAACUCCGCUAACAACUCUGAUGGAGGUGCAAUCGGCGCGGGGUAUUCUUCGAACGUGUCCUGGGAUGGCGACGGCACCCAGUUCAGCUCCAACUCCGCUAACAACUCUGAUGGAGGUGCAAUCAGCGCUCUGUUUUCUUCGAAAGUGUCCUGGGAUGGCGACGGCACCCAGUUCAGCUCCAACUCCGCUAACGUUUCUGGAGGUGCGAUCGGCGCGGGGUAUUCUUCGACCGUGUCCUGGGAUGGCGACGUCACCCAGUUCAGCUCCAACUCCGCUUACGAUGAUGGAGGUGCGAUCUACGCGUAUUCUUCGAACGUGUCCUGGGAUGGCGACGGCACCCAGUUCAGCUCCAACUCCGCUUACGAUGAUGGAGGUUCGAUCUACGUGUAUUCUUCGACCGUGUCCUGGGAUGGCGACGGCACCCAGUUCAGCUCCAACUCCGCUAACGAUGAUGGAGGAAACGGGGGGGCGGUGUAUAUUUACGUGGGAGAAUUUCAAGACGAGCCUGCUACAAUUUCGGGGUGCAAUUUCUCGGACAAUGUGGCGGAGGAUGCCGGCGGUGCUGUAAAUACCUUGGCCGGAAAGCAAAGUUUUUCUGCGUGUCAUUUUAAGGGCAACUCGGCAGGGGGUAAGACGGGAGCGGACAACUUUUGUGCCUCAGGAUACCAGGGACCAUAUUGCGCAGUGUGCAAAACCGACUAUUCUCCAUCGCUUGCUCACACCUGCACGCAUUGCUCGAGCUCAAGACGCCGAGGACUCACGGUCAUCGCUGCCAUCGCCGUGAUUGUCACAGUCUUUGCGAUUGUGGCAAUUUUCCAGUACAUGUUGUCGACGGAGCAUGAAGACGGGAUCUUGGGGUGCUUCCGUCGCAUGGUACUUGGAGCGGUUCCCGUCGAGUCGUUGAAAAUCAUUGUCGUCGUGUGGCAAAUUUUGACCCAGUUUGCUGACGCGGCCAAUGUCACCUAUCCUGGCGUGUACCAAGACUUUCUGAGCGCGAUCGACGUGAUCAACUUUGACAUCGGUUCCGUGCUCGCGGCCGGGUGCUUGUGGUCCGAUAUGGACUUCCACGACCGACUUCUCGUCACUACUAUAGGACCGUUGGUCGUUGUUGGAUUUUUGGCGAUGACGUACGGGAUCGUGUUGCGUAGGCACAGCGCAUCCGGCGACACUGGUGGAGUAGAGAAGAUCUACCACAAACAUCAGACGGCCCUACUGUUGUUGACUUUCCUGGUGUAUUCCUCAGUUUCAUCAACGGUGUUUCAAACCUUCGCUUGCGAGAUACUUGAUGACGACGUCGAAUACCUUCGGGCGGACUACCGUAUUCACUGCACGGAUGCCAAGCACCAGGCCUUUAAAGUGUACGCAGCGAUCAUGAUUGUUGUAUACCCGGUGGGAAUCCCCCUGCUUUAUGCCGCCCUGUUGUUUCAACGUCGCCACGUUCUGGCCGACGCUGGUGCGGACAAGACAGUAGCUCUGUCGAUUUCCGGGCUGUGGGAGCCGUACAGGCCCGAGCGAUUCUACUACGAAGUAGUCGAGUGCGGACGCCGUGUCAUGCUGACGGGUGUAGUCGUCUUUAUCUUUCCGAACGAUGCGGCCCAGAUUGCGAUCACCAUGCUACUUACUUUGUUUUUUUCUUCGUUGUUCGAAAUAUUGUCGCCGUACGAGUCUGAGUCCGACAUGUGGCUUUCGCGGGGGGGUCAUGUAAUUGUGUUCCUCAGCAUGUUUGAUUUGUUGCUGCUGAAAGUGGAUGUGUCUUGCGAGAGCGACCAGAGCCAGGCUGUAUUUUCGGGAGUGUUGGUGGCAGGUCAUGUGUUGAUGAUUCUUGUUAUCAUUGUCGAGGUGGUUGGCAUGUGUUACGCUUCAGGGAAGAAGCGAGUUGUCGGAGCAGCGUCGUCACCUGAGAGUUCGCCAGGGUUGAGGCCACGCGCAGGAUCGGAUGAUGUUCCUGCAUUUGAGAGCGUUCCAGCAUCAUGGCCAUCGUUUAUGCGGCAAAGUUCAGUGUCAGAAGAGCCUGGACCGACUCGGAGAAUCGCUGGGAUAAUGGUGGUAAACAUCCACAGAGAUACCUCUCCUCCAGCCUAGUGGCUACGGUUUUGACAUGUUUCGGUGUGGUCGCAAGUUUGGUCUGGUGUAAAUAACAUUAAGAGGUAAUUGUUGAAAUUAAUAUUCACAUCUUUGCUACAGCCUACACAGCCAUAUCGCUAGAUAGGAAACACGUAACCCAAGUCUUUUCGUUGUUGUUUAACAUAUUGUCGCCAACCGAGUCUGAGUCCGACAUGUGGCUUUCGCAAGGGAUUUAUGUACUUGUGUUCCUCAGCAUGUUUGACUUGUUGCUGCUGAAAGUGGAUGUGUCUGGUGAGAGCGACCAGAGCCAGGCUUUAGUUUCGGGAGUGUUGGUGGCAGGUCGUGUGUUGAUGAUUCCAGUUAUCGUUGUCGAGAGGUGGUUGGCAUCUGUUAUGCUUCAGGGAAGCAAGUUGUCGGAGCAGCGUCGUCAUCCGAGAGUUCGCCGGGGUUGAGGCCACGCGCAGGAUCGGAUGAUGUUCCUGCAUUUGAGAGCGUUCCCGCGUCUUGGCCGUCGUUCAUGCGGCGAAGUUCAGUGUCAGAAAAGCCUGGACCGACUCCGACAGUCGCUGGGAUAAUGGUGGUAAACAU